AUGCACGGAUAUAGAAGUGCAUCAGUGCUCGCUUUCACAGAAACUUGGCUUGGCAAUAAUGACAGUGAUGACACGCUGCACAUCGACGGCUUUGCCCCCGGAUCCGACUCGACCGGGACACAGAACGCACUGGGAAGCUACAUGGCGGAGGAGAACAUUGUCACUUUUGUGAAGAAGGAGCUGAAGAAGGUCCAGAAGGUUGUGAGUCCAGAUUACCCAGAAUGCUCAGAGAGUCAGAGGGAGGAUGAAGAGGUGUUGGACGGUGAGGAUGAAGAGCAGAGGAGGAGCAGCAGAGAGGCUUUUGUGAAGAUCACAGUGAACUUCCUGAGGAGAAUGAAGCAGGAGGAGCUGGCUGACUGUCUGCACAGCAGACAUGUUGCUGCAGUUUGUCAACGUAAACUUAAAUCUACUCUGAAGAAGAAGUUCCAGUGUGUGUUUGAGGGGAUCUCUAAAGCAGGAAACCCAACCCUUCUGAAUCAGAUCUACACAGAGCUCUACAUCACAGAGGGAGGGACUGGAGAGGUCAAUGAUGAACAUGAGGUCAGACAGAUUGAAACAGCAUCCAGGAAACCAGCCAGACCAGAAACAAGCAUCAGACAAGAAGACAUCUUUAAAGCCUCACCUGGAAGAGAUGGACCAAUCAGAACAGUGAUGACAAAGGGAGUGGCUGGCAUUGGGAAAACAGUCUUAACACAGAAGUUGACUCUGGACUGGGCUGAAGACAAAGCCAACCAGGACAUACACUUCACAUUUCCAUUCACGUUCAGAGAGCUGAAUGUGCUGAAAGAGAAAAAGUUCAGCUUGGUGGAACUUGUUCAUCAGUUCUUUCCUGAAACCAAAGAAGCAGGACUCUGCAGGUUUGAAGAGGUCGAGGUUCUGUUCAUCUUUGACGGUCUGGAUGAGUGUCGACUUCCUCUGGACUUCCACAACACUGAGAUCCUGACUGAUGUUACAGAGUCCACCUCAGUGGAUGUGCUGCUGACAAACCUCAUCAGGGGGAAACUGCUUCCCUCUGCUCGCCUCUGGAUAACCACACGACCUGCAGCAGCCAAUCAGAUCCCUCCUGAGUGUGUUGACAUGGUGACAGAGGUCAGAGGGUUCACUGACCCACAGAAGGAGGAGUACUUCAGGAAGAGGUUCAGAGAGGAGGAGCAGGUCAGAAGGAUCAUCUCCCACAUCAAGACUUCACGAAGCCUCCACAUCAUGUGCCACAUCCCGGUCUUCUGCUGGAUCUCUGCUACAGUUCUGGAGGAUGUGCUGAAAACCAGAGAGGGAGGAGGGCUGCCCAAGACCCUGACUGAGAUGUACAUCCACUUCCUGGUUGUUCAGUCCAAACUGAAGAAUGUUAAGUAUGAUGGAGGAGCUGAGACAGAUCCACACUGGAGUCCAGAGACCAGGAAUAUGUUUGGGUCUCUGGGAAAACUGGCUUUUGAGCAGCUGCAGAAAGGAAACCUGAUCUUCUAUGAAUCAGACCUGACAGAGUGUGGCAUCGAUAUCAGAGCAGCCUCAGUGUACUCAGGAGUGUUCACACAGGUCUUUAAAGAGGAGAGAGGACUGUACCAGGACAAGGUGUUCUGCUUCGUCCAUCUGAGUGUUCAGGAGUUUCUGGCUGCUCUUCAUGUCCAUCUGACCUUCAUCAACUCUGGAGUCAAUCUGCUGUCAAAAAAGAAAUCAUCUUCCCAAAGACUGAAAAUAAUAACAGGUAAAUUUGCAGCCUUCUAUCAGAGGGCUGUGGACAAGGCCUUACAGAGUCCAAAUGGACACCUGGACUUGUUCCUCCGCUUCCUCUUGGGUCUUUCACUGCAAACCAAUCAGACUCUCCUACGAGGUCUGCUGACACAGACAGGAAGUGGCUCACAGACCAAUCAGCAAACAGUCCAGUACAUCAAGAAGAAGAUUGAAGAGACUCCCUCUGCAGAGCAAAGCAUCAACCUGUUCCACUGUCUGAAUGAACUGAAUGAUCGUUCUCUAGUGGAGCAGAUCCAACAGUCCCUCAGUUCAGGACGUCUCUCCACAGAAAAACUGUCUCCUGCUCAGUGGUCAGCUCUGGUCUUCAUCUUACUGUCAUCAGAAAAAGAUCUGGACGUGUUUGACCUGAAGAAAUACUCUGAUUCAGAGGAGGCUCUUCUGAAGCUGCUGCCAGUUGUCAAAGCCUCUAACAAAGCUCUACUGAGCAGCUGUAACCUCUCAGAGAGAAGCUGUGAAGCUCUGUCCUCAGUUCUCAGCUCCCAGUCCUCUAGUCUGAGACACCUGGACCUGAGUAACAACAAGCUGCGGGAUUCAGGGGUAAAGCUUCUGUCUGCUGGGUUGAAGAGUCCACACUGUAGACUGGAGACUCUGAGAUUGAGUUCCUGCAGGUUGUCAGAGAUCAGCUGUGCUUCUCUGGCCUCAGCUCUGAAGUCCAACCCCUCCCAUCUGAGACACCUGGACCUGAGGGACAACAAGCUGCAGGAUUCAGGAGUGAAGUUGCUGUGUGGUUCUCUGGAGAGUCCACACUGUAGACUGGAGACUCUGAGGUUGAGUUCCUGCAGUUUGUCAGAGAACAGCUGUGCGUCUCUGGACUCAGCUCUGAAGUCCAACCCCUCCCAUCUGAGACACCUGGACCUGAGUGGAAACAACCUGCAGGAUUCAGGAGUGAAGCUGCUGUGUGGUUUUCUGGAGAGUCCACACUGUAGACUGGAGACUCUGAGACUGAGCAGCUGUAACCUCUCAGAGAGAAGCUGUGAAGCUCUGUCCUCAGUUCUCAGCUCCCAGUCCUCUAGUCUGAGAGAACUGGACCUGAGUAACAAUGACCUGCAGGAUUCAGGGGUGAAGCUGCUGUCUGCUGGACUGAAGAGUCCACACUGUACCUUGGAGACUCUCAGGCUGUCAGGAUGUCUGAUCACAGAGGAAGGCUGUGCUUCUCUGGCCUCAGCGCUGAGCUCCAACCCUUCCCAUCUGAGAGAGCUGGACCUGAGCUACAAUCAUCCAGGAGACUCAGGAGUGAAGCUGCUGUCUGCUGGACUGAAGGAUCCACACUGGAGACUGGACACCGUCAGGGUGGAGCCUGGUGGAGUCCGAUGGUUGAGACCAGGUGUGAGGAAGUAUUUCUACGAACUCACCAUCGACACAAACACAAUAAACAGAGAGAUCAAACUGUCUGACAACAACAGGAAGGUGACACAUGUCAGGAAGGAUCAGGCAUACCCUGAUCAUCCAGGCAGAUUUCAUCAGUGUCCUCAGCUGCUGUGUAGUAAUGGUCUGAUUGGUCGCUGUUACUGGGAGGUCGAGUGGAGAGGAGGAGUUGAUAUAUCAGUGAGUUACAGAGGAAUCAGAAGGAAAGGAGUCAGAGAAAACUCUGUGUUUGGAAGGAACGAUCAGUCCUGGAGUCUUAGCUGCUCUGAUGAUGGUUACUCUGUUUGGCACAAUAACAGAAUAACACCUGUCUCCUCCUCCUCCUCUGUAUCAUCUCCCUCUGUCUCUGACAGAGUAGCAGUGUAUGUGGACUGUCCUGCUGGCUCUCUGUCCUUCUACAGAGUCUCCUCUGACUCACUGAUCCACCUCUACACCUUCAACACCAUAUUCACUGAACCUCUGUAUCCUGGGUUUGGGUUCUGGUGGUUUGGUUCCUCAGUGUCUCUGUGUAGAGUGUAG